AUGUCACGACGAACCCAGCUUACAACCAAGUUCAUCUUCCAGAUUCUGGCGCAGUUGUCAGAAAAUUUCAUCUUUAUUUAUCUCGGCCUUGCACUAUUUACAGACAAUGCUUUGCAAUUCCGACCCCUUCUCAUCAUCAUCACCGUCUGUGCAGUCUGCGCAGCGCGAUGGGUGGCGGUGUUCCCCUUGUCCCGUCUCAUCAACUGGGUCAUUCGUUACAGGGCCCGCCGAAGAGGCGGAGACGUGAGCGAUGAGCUUCCGUACAAUUAUCAGGCCAUGCUUUUCUGGGCUGGUCUGCGUGGAGCCGUCGGUGUCGCUCUUGCGGCUUUGCUCACUGGCGAGAACUCCUACGCGCUGAAGGCUACUGUCUUGGUGGUUGUGGUCCUUACCGUCAUCAUCUUCGGCGGCACGACUGCACGCAUGCUGGAGAUCCUUGGGAUCCGGACCGGUGUCGUAGACGAGAUCGAUAGCGACGAUGAGUUUGAUAUUGAAACGUUCAACGGCGGCCAAUACGUCAAGCGCACUGGUACCGGUAUCGGCUACACUCCUCGACGGAACGGCAGCCUGUCGCUGGAUAAUAUUGGGUUGCGCAACGGCGAUCGGCUUCCCGUGGGAGGGGAGCGCAGUAGCUACGUUUCCGGCUCACACUCGCCCAACCCAAUCAAGAGACAGGCGAGCCUGAGCCGCAAAAAUUCCGAAAUCGAGAGAGCCGAUCUCCUGGGACGCAGCGGCAACACGACGGACUCGGACUUGGGAAGUGACAUUGACACGUCGGACCUCCCGCCUCCGGCCCGUCGCGAACCUCGCCGGAGGAGCCCGACCAUCUCUGGCGCCUCCCAGUCGUCAGCGACUUCCGGCGGUCUUCUCGCGCAAACGGAGCCCACGGCCGCCGUUGCCACCGCGCCCCACCACGUCUCGGCCACGUCCGCCAUCAGGCAACUCUUCAGCCACGGCGCCGAGGACGCGGCGGGUCUGUUUAGGCAGCUGGACGAGGACUACAUCAAGCCGAAGCUGCUGCUCGACGGGGGAAGCGGCAGCCGUGGGAACGGCUCCGGUCCAGGGCCGGGCCAGGUUUGA